AAGGUUUAGGGUUUAGAUUUAGAGUUUAGUGUUUGUUUAUCGUAUUAAUUUUUUUAAAAAACCUUUUUUGGUGCAACUACUAUUAUUUUUAUUUAUUUAUAUUUUUUUAAUUUUAAAAACGUAAUAUAAUUUGACAAUAUUUUGUUUCCUUUUUUAAAAGAUAUUGGAUUUGAAAUAACUAAAUCUGAUUGGUUGGUGAACCUAUAAGUUCACCCUAGGGGGUGAACUCAAGAAUAACUCUUUCUUUAUUACAUAGAAUUUUAAAAUAUCACAGAUAUACGUGACAUUUGAUCAUCCUCACACACACAAUCCAGAAUAGGUAAUAGCUGUAAUAGGCAUGCUGGAGACAGAGUUGAGUAUUUAUGCGUCUAACGAAUCUGACAAGCUGCAAGAUAUUCAUGAACUCGCUUGUACAUCCCUUCCAAUUGAAACCAUUGUCUUAUUCUCUUCAUUGUUUUCAUAACACCAGAGUGUCCUCUCCCAACUAUCCAUCAUAACAUUUUGAUAAUAUCAGAAGAAUGGAAACCGAUGACUUUGGUAUUACAAGAAGCCUUUUGUACUAUAACUAACCAUCCUGAUCCGUGAACCCAUCUAUUUCUAUCUCACCCUUGUUAACAUGUGAUAUCCAAUUCUGUAUAGUAGCAUAAAUCUCAAUUUCUUGAUAAAUCCCUUGUAACUGAAUGACUGUAGGCACCAUGAAUAACAAUUGCCAUUGGUAUGGUGGCUGAUUCUUUAGGAAACAGCCGAUAUAUUGAAGAAAUUCGCCAUUAAUUUCUAUAAGUGUGCUGAAAAUAAGCAUAAUAAUCUUUUGUUGCAUACGUGUCUGCCCAAGAAUCGGCUAUAAAUGCAUAAGAAUUCAAGACUUUCGAAAAAGUAGGUUUUAGAAAUUACAAACCAGCUAAAUUUUGACUUUUAAAGAAAAAGACAAAACUUUGAUACCACCAGUUUCUCCGUAAAUGACAUUAAUACUUUUAUAUUACAAAGAGACAAUUAUGCUUUAUCUGGUUCAUACUUCCUUUUUCUCCUAUUCUACCAAACAACUUUAAACAAAACCUUCACCGACCAGCUGCUUCAAUGGAAACAAACAAAUGUCGGUCGAAUAAAGAAUGUGUAAAUUAAUCAUACACAAUAACUUUUUUUCUCGUUAAUUUUGAAUUUAAACCAGCACUAACUAAAAAAGUCUUACUGUGCUUCUAUCUCUGACUUUGUUGGAAGUUUCAUACUAUAUAUGUUAUUGCAUAAUUAUACAUAAAGCCAAUUGUAUUAGCUCCAUCUUUUCAGGUAGCAUUGUCUCUGAUGGACAUUUCAUGCAACUCUGAAUAUAAUCAACUUGUAAGCUCUCUUGAUUUUCUUAACUUUCUCCAUUUUGUAUUUAAUUUGACUCACAGCUCAAAUAAUAUGGAACUUUUUGUUUUAUGCAGGAAUAUCAAAUGAUGACGAACUUUCCUACACCCGAAGAGCUCAAUGAUAUUCUCUCUUUACCAUCUCUACAAACCAUGGAGGCCCAACUCUACAGCAAUCAGUCUCCAGUAGUAACCACGUUGAACGCAGAAGCUGCUAAACAACUCAAACAUAGAAGCUACAUGAAUACUACUACGAACCAAUGCUCAAGCGGGUUUGGUGAAUAUGGGGCUAUGGGAAACUUGCAGCCCAAGAAAGAGCCUACUCUAUUGGCUCAGAGGAACGUGUCACGUGGGGUUUCACAAGCAAGAGACCACAUAAUGGCUGAACGAAAACGCCGAGAGAAGCUGAGUCAACGCUUCAUUGCUUUAUCUACCAUCGUCCCUGGACUCAAGAAGACGGACAAGGCAUCAGUGCUUGGGGGCACAAUAAAGUACCUGAAACAUUUGCAAGAUAGAGUUAGGUUUCUUGAGGAGCAAGCCAGUCAGAGAACCAUUGAGUCAGUAGUGUAUUUGAACAAGUCGAGGCUCUCGGUUGCGGAUACAGAGCUAGAAUGUAUGGCGUUACCCGAGAUCGAAGCUAGAUCGUCUGGUAAAAAUGUUCUGAUAAGAGUUCACUGUGAAAGAAGGAAGGGGGUUGUUGAGAUCACUAUGGCUGAAAUUGAAAAGCUUAAACUGACCGUGAUAAACAGCAGUGUCGUCACUUUUGGAUCCAGUUCCCUUCAUCUCACCAUUAUUUCUCAGGUUAGUUUCUCUUUUCGGAUUUUUUUAAAGCUUAUGGGUUUGUUCAUUUCUAGAAAUACUUGCAAAUUAAACCCUGGGGGACUCUUUUUAUCAUUUCACUUUUUUUUUUUAAUUAAUAUCAUUGUAGUCACCAUACUUUUCCCUUUAGCUUCAAUUUAAAGUUUCCCGAGUCAAAUUUUUUGUAGCACUCUCUUUUUGAAUAACCCGAUUGUUUUUGGUAUUAUAACAAGUACAAUUGGAAAAAUGAAUAUAUAAAUUGAUACAUGGGUUACCGGAUAUGUUUAUCAUGGUAUAUACAUAAAAGAAGAGGAAGAUAGUUGGUGGGAUGUGAAAGAAUUAUACAAAAUUAAUUGAUGUUAAUCUCAAACGCAGAUGGGCGAAGGAUUCAAUAUCACAACAAAGGAUGUUGCCACGAGCAUCAAAUCAAGCCUCGAAGCUUUUAUGAAUGCCAAUCUCGUCUGAGGAAAUUAUAAUAUAAUUACAAGAAAAUUAUAUAAAAGCAUAUAUAACUAAGAUUUUACAAAUUGGAAGCUCCGGUAUAUUUUCACCACUAUAAGACCUUUUUCUCCCAAACUCUUUUAUCUUCUCGCAGUUCGAUUUUUUGGAGGGGUUUCUUCUUUUUUUCCCUUUCCCUUUUAAGACUUCAAAACACAAAUGAGAAGAAGAAUGCCUAUUUUUGCAUGGGGUCUAAUGGAAAAAGACACCAUGUGUUUCCAAACUAUGAGUUUUCUUUCUUUUUCUUAAUCUGGUUUUGAAGUAUUUUACCUUAGUGUUGGGAAUGGUAUUUAUUAUCUUGUGGCGAUGUGUUGUUUUGUUUGUGGAGUGGAUUUCAAUGGAACUUCGUAACUCUAUCUAUUUAAGUUGGUAAUGGUGUGGUGCCUACUUUUCUUCAUUCUUUUUUUUUGAACUAUCUUUUCUUCAUUCUUUUUCUAUUUCUGAUGUUGUUAUAAUAUUGUUUUCUUAAGAACCGAUGUUAUUGUGGACAAUGAUAUUAUUUUUCUUACCGAUUGGUUUUGAGAUAAA